CUCUGGCAUCCAUACACUGCAGCAGCUCCCUCUCGUCCCCGGCCGUCUCCUCGUAGGAUGCCAUACCACAAUCUCAAAGCCUUGAUCAAGGGCAUUCGCGCUUGUAAGACCGUUGCAGACGAGCGCGCCUUGAUCAAGCAAGAGUCGGCCGCUAUCCGUGCUUCAUUCCGCGAAGAGGACUCUUACGCAAGACACAACAAUGUCGCCAAGCUCCUCUACAUCCACAUGCUUGGCUCGGAGGCCCACUUCGGCCAGAUGGAAUGUCUCAAGCUUGUGGCAAGUCCCCGCUUUGCCGACAAACGGCUGGGAUACCUUGGAAUCAUGCUACUUCUGGACGAGAACCAAGAGGUGCUCACGUUGGUGACAAAUUCCUUGAAAAACGACAUGAACCAUGCCAACAUGUAUGCCGUCGGCCUUGCCCUCUGUACGUUUGCCGACAUCGCAUCGGAAGAGAUGUCUCGAGACCUGGCAAACGAGAUCGAGAAGCUCUUGGGUUCGAGUAAUACUUACAUCCGCAAGAAGGCAGCCCUUUGCGCACUCAGGGUAGUACGCAAAGUACCCGAACUUGCCGACCACUUCACUGCCAAAGCCAAGAACCUGCUCGCCGACCGCAACCACGGAGUGCUCUUGACCGCCAUUACCCUCGUUACGGAGAUGUGCCAACUAGAUGCCAACUGUUUAGAAGAAUUCCGUAACGCUGUCCCUUUGCUCGUACGACAUCUCAAGGCCCUGGUCACCACUGGCUAUAGCCCUGAACACGACGUCUCCGGGAUCACUGAUCCUUUCCUCCAAGCCAGGAUCCUGCGUCUUAUGCGCCUUCUGGGUAGGGGCGACCCGAAAGCGAGCGAGACCAUGAACGAUAUCCUUGCCCAAGUCGCGACCAACACCGACUCGACCAAGAAUGUCGGAAAUUCCAUCCUAUAUGAGACCGUCAUGACCGUCCUCGAGAUCGAGGCAGACAGCGGCCUGCGGGUCAUGGCCAUUAACAUCCUUGGCAAGUUCUUGAGCAACCGCGACAACAACAUCCGUUAUGUCGCGCUGAAUACGCUGAAUAAGGUCGUCGCGAUCGACACUAACGCCGUGCAGCGGCACCGGAACAUCAUCCUCGACUGCCUCCGUGAUGGCGACAUCUCGAUUCGGCGGCGCGCGCUCGAGCUUUCAUACGCCCUCAUCAACGAGCAGAAUGUCCGCAUCCUCAUCCGCGAGCUCCUCGCCUUCCUCGAGGUCGCCGACGACGAGUUCAAGCUUCCGAUGACGACCCAGAUUUGCCUCGCCGCCGAGCGCUUCGCGCCCAACAAGCGCUGGCACAUCGACACGGUGCUACGCGUCUUGAAGCUGGCUGGUAACUUUGUCAGGGAAGAGAUUUUGUCCGCAUUCAUCCGACUCGUGGCGCACACGCCGGAGCUGCAGGGAUACACGGCGUCGAAGCUGUACACGUCGCUCCGUUCGGAUAUCUCGCAGGAGUCGUUGACUCUAAGUGCUACGUGGGUGAUCGGCGAGUACAGCGAAAUCCUACUGGAGGGUGGUCUGGUAGACGAGGAGACUCCCAGAGCGGUCACGGACAAAGAGCUGGUCGAUCUCCUGCUGUCCAUUUUGGACUCCCCGUAUGCCAACUACCUCACACGUCAAUUCGUUCUCACCGCGAUCACGAAGAUCUCGUCACGGCCGACCACGACCCCCGCUCAGCAAGAGCGAAUACAGAACGUGCUUCUCGGCUACGCCACUAGUCUUGAGCUCGAGAUCCAGCAGCGCGCGGUCGAGUUUGCCAGCUUGUUCAACCUUGGCGAGGUCCGCUCUGGCGUUCUGGAGCGUAUGCCCGCGCCCGAGCUCAAGGCUACCGUUCUCGGUGUCGUCAGUGAGAACAAGCCCGUUGGCUCCGUGGCUCCUGGCAAGGAUGCGGACCUUCUGGGCGAUGACAUAUCCAGCACGCCGGCACCAAAUGGCACUCCUACCGUUCCAGCCACUCAAGACCUUCUCGCGGAGAUCUUCGGCAGCUCCGCUUCACCCCCACCCACGUCUACAGGCUCGCCUGCCCCCGCCGCACCCCAACGAAACGUCACCCAAGACAUCCUCAGCCUUUUCGACGCUCCCGCCUCUUCAUCCCCUGCAACCUCCUCUCCCCCCGCAGCGGCAGCUCCUGCCCCCUCGAUGCAGUCCAUCUUCGGCGCAGCGGCCGCCAUACCCCAGGCGGCGUCGCCACCUCCCGCGACAGCGGCCGCGCCGUCCGGAUACACGGCAUACGAAAAGAACGAACUGCGUAUAACGUUGUCGCCCCAGACGUCGGCGACGCGGCCGGGUCUCGUGCGGAUCAUCGCGCAUUUCCAGGCGACGGGCGCGAACCCGGUUGCAGACCUCAACUUCCAGGCAGCGGUGCCCAAGUCGCAGCAGCUGCAGAUGGCGCCCAUUUCGUCUCCGACCAUCCGGCCGGGCAUCGUGGAGACGCAAGAGCUGCGCGUUCUGAGUCCCGCUGGCGCGGCCCUCCGGCUGAAGUUGCGGAUAGCGUACAACGUCGGCGGGCGCGCGGUGCAAGAGGAGAUCGUCUUCUCUGGAUUCCCGCCGGGGUUGACGGGCGGAUCGUAAUGAUCGCGCAUUGCUUGUUGCAUAUCGUUCAGUAUCUUAUCGACUCACCGUGCAAUAUCCGUGUCCUGUUUACGUGUAGCCUGGCGCUGUAAAGUUGUGAAUCUAAUGGAUUUCUCUUGUCUCUU